AUGAAGAUCUCCGGCGACACCAGCCGCGCGUCGCGCCCAUUCCCGCCUACCAUUGCAGCCCCGACGCCGGACUCCGAUCUCCACCCGCACCGCCGGCCAACCCGCCGGUAUCCCCGAACUCCGGCUCGCCUCAAGCGGCUUGCCGGAGCACCGGUUGGAAAACGGAGCAGGCCGGAAACUCCCUUGUCCAAGUGGAAGAUCCACGGCGGCGCCAGAGAGGGGAGCGUCGACUGUGGCGGUGAUCCUGUGGAUGAACUCAACGGGGUAAAGGAACCUGCAAAACCUGCUGUCGUGUCGGCGAGGAAGCUCGCCGCCACGCUGUGGCGACUUCAGCUUCCGGAAACGGCGGCGGGCGAUGGCGGAAGGCGAAGGGGUAUGAGAAAGAUCGGUGAAGAUCGUGUGGGAGUUGUUCAACAUGGAACUAGCCAUGUAGACCACCAAUUUCUCGGCCUUCAAAAUGGCAUGAUGCAUGGUUCUGCUAUGAAGAAUCCAUCACAAAGUCGUCGUACCAUUUCUGGGACCAAGGAUGGACAUUUCUGUGAGCUCAAGCCGUCUUUCCAGUUUCCGAGUACUGCAAUGGAGGGUGCAACAAAGUGGGAUCCUGUUUGUUCAAAAGCAUCAGAUGAGGUGCAACAUAUCUACAGUCAAAUGAAACUUCCAGACCAAAAGGUUAGUACUGUUUCUACUGUAUCUGCUCUUGAAGCUGAACUAGAGCAGGCUCGGGCACAUAUUCAGGAGCUUGAGACUGAGCGCCACUCCUCCAAAAAGAAAAUUGAACAUUUCUUGAAGAAAGUCGGUGAAGAGAGGGCUUCAUGGCGAAGCAAAGAGCAUGAGAAAAUUCGUGCUUAUGUUGAUGACAUUAAAUCAGAGUUGAGUAGAGAAAGGAAAAGUCGCCAGAGGAUUGAAAUUGUCAAUUCUAGGCUGGUUAAUGAGUUGGCUGAUGCCAAGUUAUUAGCAAAACGCUACAUACAGGAUUGUGAGAAGGAAAGGAAGGCCAGAGAAUUGAUUGAGGAAAUUUGCGAUGAGCUUGCUAAGGAAAUUGGAGAAGACAAGGCUGAAAUUGAAACGCUGAACAGGGAAUCUAUGAAACUUAGGGAAGAAGUGGAAGAAGAGAGGAAGAUGUUACAGAUGGCUGAAGUAUGGCGUGAAGAACGUGUUCAUAUGAAAUUGAUUGAUGCAAAAGUUGCUCUUGAUGAGAAGUACACACAGAUGAAUAAACUAGUAGCGGAUUUGGAAACCUUUCUCAAAUCAUUAAAUUUAAACCCAAAUGCAAAGGAGAUGAAAGAGGCACGGUCAUUUCAACAGGCUGCAGCUGCUGUAGACAUUCAAGACAUCAAGGGAUUUUCGUACGAGCCAGCUAAUCCAGAUGAUAUUUUUGCCAUUUUUGAAGAUUUAAAUUGCGUUGAACCCAACGAGACAGAGAUUGAAUCAUGCGUUGCUCACUCUCCGGUAAGUCAUGCCUCAAAGAUUCACACAGUGAGUCCUGAUGUCAACUUGAUUAGUAAGGAUAACUUUCAAAGAUGUUCUGAUUUAUUUAUGGAUGACAAUGGUGAUAUUGAAGAAGAUGAAAGUGGAUGGGAAACUGUGAGCCAUGUUGAGGAUCAAGGAUCAAGUUGUUCACAUGAAGGGAGUACCCUAUCAGUGAGAAAGAAUUGUCGAGAGAGUAAUGUCUCAGGGAGGAGUGUGCUUGAAUGGGAAGAAAAUGCUGGUGUAGAGACCCCAAUGACUGAAAUUAGUGAAGUCUCAUCUGUACCGGCUAAGCAAUCAAAGAAGGUAUCCUCCAUAGCAAGGCUUUGGAGGUCUGGUGGGGAUAAUUACAAGAUAAUCUCUGUGGAGGGAAUGAAUGGAAGGCUUUCAAAUGGAAGGGUAUCUAAUGGGGGCGUAAUGUCUCCUGAUUGGGGACUUGAUAAAGUUGGAUUGAGCCCCCAAGAUCUUCUGUGCCAGUUUAGUUCUCCCGAGUCAGCAAAUCUGCACCAUCGAGGCAUGAAAGGAUGCAUUCCUCGCACUGUGCAGAAGAGUAGUUUGAAAGCCAGACUUUUGGAGGCUAGGAUGGAAAGCCAGAAGGUUCAGUUGCGCCAUGUUCUUAAACAGAAGAUUUAG